AAUUUUACACAAGUUAUGAUGACGUAUACUCAAACGCACGUGCUCUGUGUUUAGUGUAAACAUGGAAAUAGUAGUUGGAACUUACGAUGAUGUAGUCUUAGGAUAUCGUGUCGUCAAUGUCGCUGAGGAUGUUCAAAUUGAGGCCAGCUUCACAGAUAAUUGCCACUCAGGCUGCGUGAAAUGCAUUGCUGCCUCUGAGAAAGGCAUCCUUGCCACAGGAAGCACGGACGAGACCAUCAGGUUGCUCAACCUUCGUAAAAUGAGGGAACUUGGAUCGCUUGUACAUCAUAAUGGCUCGGUUACCAGUUUGCAGUUCCACAGAGGGUUCCUGUUCAGCACGAGUGAUGAUGGCACAUUGUGCCUGUGGAGGGCAUUCACAUGGGAGUGCAUGAGAACAUUCAAGGGACACAAAUCAGAGGUCAACUGUGUGUCAGUGCAUCCCAGUGGGAAGUUGGCACUGACUGUGGGCAAAGAUAAGACUCUUCAUACAUGGAACCUCAUAACAGGACGAUCUGCUUAUAUAUCAAAUAUUAGGAAAAGUGCAGAGCUUGUGUGCUGGUCACCAAAUGGUGAUUACUAUGUGAUUGUCAUCAACAACGAGAUUGAUGUCUAUUCUGUAGAGACAGCAGAAGUAUGUUCCACUAUUAAGGCGUCAUCCAGAGUUAACUGUCUAGAAUUCAUCAAGGAUGAUGUACUUUGCUAUGGUGGUGAAGGUGGGGAUCUCUGUUUCCAUGACAUUUCAACCAAUAUGCCUUUGCAUACUUGUGAAACCAAGACUACAAGAAUCAAGGGCCUUUGUGUUUGGAAGCACACAGAGAAUGAAAAGAACGAGACACAGAUAGCAGUUGCUAGUAGCGACGGAAUGAUCAAGUUAUACAGGGCGGAUGUGCAUGAGAAGAAAAUCACCACCAACUUAUUGACAGAGAAGAGCACAGGCUUUAGAAUCACAUGCAUGGCAAUGUUUUCAUCAACACCACACAGUCAGGAGCAGUCUUCAAAUUUUUACGACAGCAUUUCAGACACCAAUAAAGAGAAGACGAGCAAGAAAAAGAAAAGGAAGGCCAAGAAAGCAAACACUAGUGGUGUUGUUGAAGACAAUGUGACAGAAGUGACUGAUAUUGUAAAGUCGGACAAACAUGAAAACACUGGCAUGAGUGAGGAGAGUCCUAAGAAAGCAAAAAGGAAGGCUGGUAAGUCUGAAGGGAAAGAAUCCAGUCAAAAGAAGGUGAAACUUGAGAGCAAACCAGAGAACAGUAGCCCAAAGGUUGUUUCUAAAGAGUCUCUUGUUAAGGUAACAGAUAAGAAGAAAAAGAAGAAAGCAAACAAAAAGGCGAAAAUUGCUAGUUGAAGAAAGGUGGCAGUGUGAAGGAAUUGAAGGCUGUUAUGCAGUUUAAAUUCAACCAAUAGUUUUUAAUACACAUAUGUAAACGCUGCAUAAUCAGAAUUGUUAAACAUUUAACAUUUUGGAAGCAGAAUGCCUCUUAUGUCAUAUUUUAUCUUAAAGAUGCAUUAAAUUUAGGGAUUUAA